AUGUCUCCGGGCACGCCAAUGCCAGACGUUUCGCAGCUCCCACCGGAAAUGCUCGACUUUGCGCUCUUGAAGACAACAGGCGCGCUCGCCCCGCGUCUGGGUCGCUUGACACUGGGCGGCAGGAAGCCCAUAUUGACGCCGGCAUUCCUGGGCAACACGUCGCGCGGUGUGAUCCCGCACAUGUCGCCGGACAACUUUUGCAGAUACGCCGGCAGCAACGGGGUGUACGUUGCCUUGGAGGACUUCGUAGAGAAGCACCCGGAGAAGACGCCGCCGAUAUUCGAGUACAAUGUCCCCGAGCCGCUGCGCAGGUUCGCAGCGCUCCCGCACGACACGCCGCUGGUGCUGGGGGCGCGCCGCACGCCGCCUGUCCCCACGCCCGCCGCGCACACGUCCACGGCCAUCAGCCUGCUGACGUCGGUGGGCUACAAGUCGGUGAGCUCCGAGUACUACGCGGCGGCAGCGCGCAAGCUGCAGCCGGACGUGGUCGUGGGCAUGGCCGACAUUCCGUUUGGGCAGGCGACCAUCGGCAUCAAGCGCAAGGACAAGAUGAGCGACCGCACCGAGGCGUGGCUGCGCCAUCUCGUGGCUACGCGCACCGCCAUGGCCCCGGGUGAGCCGCGCUUCGCCAUCUUCGCGCCCAUCCUGCCCAUCGAGCGCGACCUGCAGUCGUGGUACCUCGAGCACCUGCUCGACGACAUGGCCGACAGCAUCAGCGGCGUGGCCAUCUACGACGCCUUCCUGCUCGACGACCUGCCCGACGCCCUGCACCACCUCCCGCGCCUGUCCUUGCACGUCCCCGCCAGCCCGCAUGAGCUGCUCCGCCAGGUCAGCCUCGGCAUGGACCUGCUGACGGUGCCCUUCAUCUCGUCCGCCACUGACGCCGGCAUCGCCCUCGACUUCACCUUCCCGCCCCCUGAUAAGGUCAACGGCUCCGGCAGACAGACGCUGGGCAUCGACAUGUGGCACGCCGAGCACGCCCUCGCCCUAGCGCCCUUGUCCAACGGUUGCCGAUGCUAUGCGUGCACCAAGCACCACCGCGCCUACGUCCAACACCUCCUCUCCGCCAAGGAGAUGCUCGGCUGGUUCCUCAUCCAGGUGCACAACCACGCCGUCGUCGAAUCCUUCUUCACUUCCAUCCGCAGCUCCAUUGACGCUGGCACCUUCGACGCACACGUUGCCGCUUUCGAGGCCUAUUACGAGCCGCAGCUGCCCGAGAAGACUGGCCAGGGUCCAAGAGCCAGGGGCUAUCACUUCCGGAGCGAAGAGCAUGCCAAGCAAGAAAAGAAGAAUCCGAAGAGGUGGAACGGCGAGUUGGGUGGCAAGGGCAAAGCGGUACUCAAGGGCGCGCAGGGCCAGCAGCCGGAGAAGAAGCAAGACAUGAUGCAUGUCAUUGAUGAUGAGGUGCUCAUAGGCCUUGUGGGGAUCGAGGAUGGCGCCGAGGCGGUCCAGGUAGGGGACUUGAAGAUCGAAGAUGACGUUAAGGGGUGA